AGAGAGAGAGUGGGUGGGAGGAAAUUGUGGGAAGAGGAAAGGGUAAAAAAAAAAGUAUAGCAUGUACAACAGAUUCAGAACUCUUAUCAGCUCGUCUUUCUUCUGUUGGGAUUUACAGCCGACGACUUGGUAACAAAAAUGGCUGAGAUUAACGCAACCUCCAGUCCAGUGGGAAAUGUGACCAUUUUGGAUAGUCCAGCUGGCACCAGAAUGGGUGCCAUCAUCCUGAGCCUUGUCUUUCUGUUGGGCUUCCCUGGAAACCUCUUCGUCAUCUGGAGCAUCCUGGCACGUGCCCGGAAGCAGUCCGUCACCACCCUUAUCAUCCUCAACCUUGCUAUCGCUGACGGCUCCCUGAUGGCCCUUUCCCCGUUCUUCAUCGUCUACUUGGGGAUGAAGACGUGGGUGUUUGGAAAUGUCAUGUGUAAGGUCCUCUUCUACCUGUGUCUGCUCAACAUGUACGCUUCCAUCCAUCUCAUCAUGCUCAUGAGCGUCUACAGGCUGGUGGCGGUGCUUUGGCCCCAGCGCCUCGGUCUUAUCACAGGCCGGAAGACUGUAUUGCGGGUGCUGGCGGUGCUGUGGGUGCUGGCGAUGAUCGCCUCUAUUCCUGCGGCGAUCUUCAGGGAGGUCAGGCUGAAGAACCAGGUUUCAGUGUGUGACUCAUUCCACGAUAAAGACAGCGAUACGGUCAUCCAGUACAUGUUGGAACUCGUGUUGGGCUUCUUCAUACCCUACGGAAUCAUUGUCGUCAGCUACAUAUGCAUCUUACGGCGGAUACAAAAGACCAGGUUUGGCCGGCGCAUUCGUAGUGAGAAGCUCAUCUUGGCCAUCGUGUUGACCUUCUGCCUCUUUUGGUUGCCCUACUACAUCAUCGACAUGGUGCAAGUUGCAUCGGCUUUGUGUCCGGAUAGUACAGCUAAAGCCACGUUGGAGAGGAUAUGGAAAAACUACCGUGCUGUCACCUCAAGCAUAGCCUUCAUGAGCAGCUGUGCCAACCCGGUGCUCUACUUCUUCGCAGGAAAGUCCUACAUCCGGAGAGAGGGGCUUGCGUUUAUGGCCCGCUUGUUUGAGGGCACCGGGAUGGACUCGGCUAACAGGAAGAGCCGACAGAACAGCCAGAACAGCCGCGAGAAAGACAGAGACGCAGAUGCUGUAAUGUUAAAGGAAAAAGAUCUAGACUCUGUUACCAACUCGAGCUCGGGUAAACCAGUAAAGAACGGUAAGUAGAGGACGCGAGAUGCAGUGGAUUUAAAUCUUCCUCUGGAAGGGGAAAAUUAAACCACUGAAGCACUGAAAUCUCCAUCGAGUCACAUAUUUGCAACAAAAUAAAGGGUCCAUCAUGCACGGCUGGUUCCUGUCAGGCAAGAAAAGAUUCUGCAGCACUUCAGGAACAGCUUCUGCACUAAUGGACUCUUUCAAUGGGAUGUAACUUGCUGAUCCUGGACAUCCUAAAGUGACAUUGUUGCAUUUGACAUGGUGGUUAAACCACACGACACACCUGAACUGUGUAUUUGAUUAUACUUCAGAGUAUUAUCCAGGAUGCUCACAUUUCUCACCACACCAAACGACCCUGUUUAAUACAAGAAACAUCCCUCAAACAGAGGUGUGCCGUGUGUUUGCUGUACAUGUUUUUUUGUUUUUUUAACUGUUAACUAACUUUAACUUUUUUUAAAAGAUUUUUUUCUGUGGCGUUUUGUUUAUGCACUGUUGUCAAAAUGUUUGUAGGAAGAACAAAAUGAACUGAACUAGUUAAUAUUAUCAUGCUUGAGUGACAAUGUGACAAUAUUCACACCAGUGUGUUUGACUGUGUUACAUUGUCUGGUAAGUUUCACUGUCUUUAAAGCUGCAUGAAUCGGUUUUGGUCACAUGGGGGCAGUAAAACAAUCUGUAAAAAACAAUGUUGGCAUCACUUUGUAAGAUGAACGAGUCGGUUCAGACUUCCUGUUUCUCGUGUGGCUGGACAUGAGAAUAAAUCCAAACUUUGACUUGUAAAAUCAGAGCAAUGAGCUGAAAAACACAAAAACACAAACUGCAGAUGUUGGUGACAGUUUACAGAUACUUUGAUCAUUUCUAACAUUUCUAACAUAAAAAUAUGAAUCAGUGCAGUUUAAAGACAACAAGACAACACAACAAGGUUCUUUACAAAAUGAUGUAAAGCACCUUUUCCUGAGAAUGAGAUACAUCAUAACAACUUUGUUACGCAAUUGGAUGCAUCAUGCCUCUCAUGCACGAAGUAACUUGAGAAAGAUGAAUCAUGUUGAAAGCAGACGGUGCUGGUAAUCAAAAAAGAACGUCUGACGCAAGAGAGGGAGAGCAGAAAGUGUAGAUAAUUCAGGUAUGAUUUAAAGCUCAUGUACCAACAGGAUCCUGGUAGUUUACAGGAAUAUCCACUCCCAAAGUUUCCCAACAUUUUAUGGCUCCUUACUGUAUCCUACAUUUCUCUGUCAAUAAACUGUGUCGUCGCUGUC